AUGGAGCUCGCUCUUGUGAGCACGGUGAAUGGCGCACGCGCCGGCCGGCCCUCGCGAAUUGCGCUCGCACCGGGCGCGAAGCUCACCGUCGGCCGCGACGACUCACAAACCAUCUCGCUCAGCGCUGGGCACAUCUCGCGGCGACACGCCGUCAUCCACGUCUCCGAGGACGGCAGGAGCGUACGCAUCGAGGACGUCUCGCGCAAGAACGGCUGCCGAGUGCAGCACGGCGCCUCAGCCACUCUCCUCCUCUCGACGGCGGAAGCGGCGGCGAGCGCCGUGGUGGGAGAAGGCGGCGUGGUGACCUUUGGGCAGCCGGCCAGCCAGCCACGGUCGGCCGCUAACGACCUUCGCUACGUCCUCCGAGCCGUUGCCGACCCCGCCGCCUCCACCGCCUCCGCCUCUGCCGCCGCCUCUUCCGUCGAGGCGGGCGAGGAGGAGGCUUCGCUGGGCGAGGAGGACGAGAUGGAGGUGGAGCCGCCAGGCGAUCGCGCGGGCCACGACAGCUUCAUCUUCGAGGACAGCCAGCCGCCGCCUCCUCCUCCACCAGAGCCGCCCUCCGCCCCGGCUGCGCAGGCGGGAGCAGUGGAGCCGCACCCAGCAGCCGGGGUUUCAGCCGUGGAGCCGCACCCGCAGAGCAAUAUUGGAGCGGUGGAGCCGCACCCAGCAGCGGCGCCGGCAGUGCAGCCGCAGACAGGCGAGGGCGGCUCUGACGUCAAGUCGCCAAAGAUGCAGCCGCCGCCGCCGCCGCGGCCGUCGCAACCCCCUCCCGCCGCCCCUCCGCCCGCCCCCUUCCUCCUCGCCGCCCUCUCUGGCUUGCCGGGAGUGCUCUACCGGCCUGCGGCGGAGGCGGAGCUGUGCUCGCCGCGCGUGCUUCUGCUCUCGAGGCACAUCGCCGCCGCAGUCCGAGGGGACGAGGAGCUGGCGCGGCUGUACGGCUCGGCGCUGGAUGCUGGGGCGGCAGCCGCUCCGCCGCCUGCGCCGCAGCCCGCGCCUGACGCCGCGGCAUUCGCGGCGGCGUUGCCCGCCCUCCCGCCGGCUGGUGGCAGCGACGACGAGGAGGGCGGGGAGGCAGACGUGCGCAGGCGCCUAUUGCGGGUGGUUGCCAGCCUCAAGCCGUCUGGCACUCUCGCGCACGCGGCGUCGGUGGACUUUGUGCCGCCGCUGCUGCGGGCGGAGGGCAUGGCGGAGCCGGUCGCUUUCCCGCUGCCAGAGGCGCACGCGCAGGCGCUCCGGUCGCUGGGCGAGCCAGCUUCGGACGGCUGCGGCGUCUGGGUCAGGGCUGAGAGGCUGGAGCUGGGGGCGAUCAAAGAGUGGGAGGAGUCUCUCCGGCCGGCUGUGCGCAAGGCGCUGAGGGCGCUCGGUGUCGACAAGACGACGGAGUCUUCGGCGUCAGAGCGGCUCGCGCGUUUGGCCACCGUUUGGGAGGCGUCGCGGCGAGGCGGCAGCAGCGAAGGCAGCAGCACCGCGCAGCCAAGCAGCGGCAGCGGCGUCGCGCCUCCCUCCAAGCUCGUUUACUUUCUCCCCCGCGACGCCGCCGGCGCCGCGGCGACGAGUCUGGCUUCGCUGAAGGGUGACGGGGCCGCGCUCUCCGCUGCUCUGCACGAGGCGGGUUUUGACGUGCUGCUGGCGACUCUGACGCGCGCCGUGACUCGGCUGAACAGCCAUGGGCCGCCCUUCAAGAUCGACCUGAGCGUCGUUUGGCACGAGGCCGAUUACUGGGAGGGCGAGAAGCCGGACGCCACGGAGGGCGGCGGCAUGGUCUGGCCCCAGACCGAGCCGUUCGUGGAGCGCUUCUCUCGAGAAGCUCUCGUGCUGUGGCCCCGCGCGUCAAGGCUGGGCGUGCUGCCGCCUGAGUUUGCGAUCUCGCGGCUCCGCGCUGCGCUCGACGAGGUCGAAGCCGGCCGCGCGCCCAGCGAGGCGUCGCUCGCCGGGAGCAAGGACGUGUCUUCCCUGCUGAAAGUUUGCACGGCUCGGCUCGAUCCGUCGCUCGAGCUGCUCGAGCUUGCUGCCCGGCCCGGCGUCUCCGCUUGUGAUUGCAGCAGGGUCGUGGAGACAGCAGCAAAAUGCCUGGCAGUCUCACCUUGUGGCUUGGGUGCCUUGCACGUGUCACGUCAUCUCGCGGACGCUAUUCGCCUCCACGGCUGGCCGGCGCUGAAGGCAUCGAUUCGGGCGUGCUUCUGCGAGGCAAUGGCGGAAAGCGGCUUGGAGGCUUUGCACGCGAGCGGGUGGGAGCUGCUGCUCAUGUUGCGAGACGAGGUGGAGGAGGAGGGUUCGGACAGCCACUGCGUCAACCUCGCCGUGGAGCUUGAGCCACGGCUUCGCUUGCCGGCGGCCAGUGUCCAGUCUCGAGGAGGGGGAGAGAACGCUCUGGCUCGAACAUUGCGGGCUUCUGUGAGGACUCUCGCACCGAUCGAGGUCGCAGCGGCCGAAGGCGGCCUGCAGCACCGGCGUGGCAUCGCCACCCGCGCCAUCCUGCACAACGAGCAGCGGUUUCCUGCGGCUUCUCUUCCCUUCCUGAGAGCGCUUGUGAGCUUGCGCACGGACCUGCCGCCCGACAGUGAGGCGUGGAAUAGCCUUGCGGACUCGUCAGUGCGGCAGCUCUGCGCACGGUUGGCGGAGGGGGCGGCGGAGGGAGCAGAUGCUCCGAUCCUUUCGGUUGCGUCGCCUCGCUUCGUCGAGACCGCCGGACUCCUCCUCGUCAUGGGUUUGGCGGAGCGGUGUUUGCCCUCGCUGCAGUCCUCUCUCCCAUGCAGCGCACCUUUGCUGAGGGCCAUCACGGUGCUUUUGGCGGACGAGGCGCACGCGGCGGCGGUGGCGUGCAGCGGCGAGUGGCUGGCACUGCUUCUCGGCGCCAUCCGCCAUCCUGUCACCGAGGCGCCUGCAACGGAGCUGCAGGAGGCGCUGGUGCUGGGGUACGUCGCGGCGGGGAGGUUCGGCACUCACGGCCUCUCCACCUGCCGCGACCGGGUCGCGGCUGCGAUCGUCGAGAACGUGUCUGGCGCUUGGUCGACCGAGGUGAUGACGGCCCGGCCGCCUCGCCCUCCUCGCCCUGUCGCCUUCGCAAAGAGUGCGGCUGACGCCACACAGGUGCUCGUCUCUUCGGUGCUCAAGCUGCACGAGGCCAUCGACGAGACCGACCGGCAGCAGUCGGCCUUCCGCAAGCUUCUCUCGGCGGCGCUGGACGCCAAGCGCAGCACCCUGAGAGCGAGGCCGCCGCCGCUCAAGGACUGGUCUGUGAACGCGCGCUUGGUCUGCGACCGCGGCGACGAGCGGCGCAGUGCCUUUGCAGGCAGCGUCGGCGCCCCUCCAGAGCCUCUUCGGAGCGUCUGCCGCGACUGCCACCGCGUGCAGCGGUUUCUUGACCAGCGAUCGGGCGACGUCCAGCGGGAGGUCUUCGGCGGGCCGGCCUUCACUCACGGCGGACACACCUCCCUCGCCGUUGCGGCGGCAGCCAAGGGGCUCGAAGGUUUGCUCUCGGUCAAGGCGAGCGCGGCCGAGCUGAGGGAGGAGGAGGCGAGUCGCGCGCUGUACGACGAGCACGGAAAGGCGAGGGCGUUGCGCCGCCAGAGGCCGCCGCCGGCCGACUUGCUCAAGUACGAGAGGCUCCUGCGCGCGCUGUUGUCGGCGCAGCAGGGCGGCAAGGAGGCGGCGGAGGAGCUGAGCGCGGCGCUGGAGGCGGCGGGCGGCGAGCGGGACCCGCUGACACCCAGGGAGGCUGCGGCGGAGGCGGCCGCCUCUGUCUCCUCCUCUGCCUCGGCCCCCGCAGCCGGCGCGCCGGCUCUGAGCGGCGAGGCGCUCGUCCGGUGGGUCGCGUCUCAUUUCCCUGCGGCGGCCAGGGCGGCGGCCGAGGUCUCCGAGCUGGAGAUCGCCACCUCGAUGAGUUUGGCCGAGCUGCGAGCCGUUCUCCUACCAGACAACCUGCCCCGCGCCCCGCCCGGCGAGGUGCAGCUGCGGCUUCGCGCCGUUCAGACCCGCCUCCGCCUCCUCGCCGGCGGAGGAGGCGCCGUCGCAGCGCCCGAGCCCGAGUCGUUCGCGCUGCUUGCGCCGCCGCCCGCCGAUGCGCCGCCGUUCCACGUCAUCGUCGCCGGAGACACCGGCGCUGGCAAGAGCACGCUGCUCAACGCGCUGCUUGGCUACGAGAUACUCCCGACCAGCUGCUGCGCCGCGUGCACCGCCACCGUCAUCGACGCGAGCUGGGGCGAGGUGUGGAGCGCCACGGUCGAGUUCGUGGCGGAGGAGGUGUCGCCGCCGUCGGCGGAGGCGUGGCGCGAGACCGUGACCGCCGCCGAGGCGCAUGCGAGGGCGGGCGGCGACAGCAGUGCCGCUGCUGAAGCGUCCUGGGAGAGGGCCACGGCUGUGUACGGCUCUCCGCUCGCUGACGCCACCACGCUGCUCGCUCGCUUGGACGUGGCCGAGCUGCUUGGCACGAGUCGGCAGCUCUCUGCGGGCGGUGACGCCGACCUCGCGGAUCUCGUCGCGCCGUUUGUCGACGCCUCCGCCUCCGCCUCGGACGACUCCGGAGACUUGUCUCCCAGGCACCUCUGGCCGCUCGUCGCCCGAGUCCACCUCCGCGGCCCCUUUGCGGUCACCGCCGGCGGCGUGCUUCUGCGGGACGUGCCUGGACUCGCCGACGAGAGCGCCUCCCGCAGCGGCGUCCUCGAGCGUGUUUUGGAGGCCGCGGACAGUCUGCUUUUGGUCUCGUCGAUCAACCGCGCCGCCAACGACAAAGGCGCCAAGUCACUCCUCCCGCUGCCGCUGCGGAGAGAGCUGCUGGACUCUGGCUACCUCGGCGAUCUCGCCUUCAUCGCCUCCAAGGCUCGCCUGCGCACGCCGUCGGACAUGAUGUCCAUGAGUCCACGACAUGAUGCGGAUUUGCUCACGCCGUCGGAGGUCUUCCCGGUCUCCUCCCGCGACGCGCUGGUCUUGGAGGGCGUGCGGCCGGGCGACGGCGAGGCGCGCGUCUUCUCGUCGGCCGCGGAGACGCGGAUUCCUGCUCUCCGCGCCUACAUCGCGCUUUCCGCCGCUGCGCACCAUGCUCGCGCCGCCGCCGGCGCACCGCCGCGGCGGCGAGUGGGGGCCGUGCUGCUGCGCUGCUUGCGGGCGGCGGCGCCAUCGGCUGCCGCGCCGUCGGCUGCCGCGCCGUCGGCAGCGAGCGCUGCUGGCAGCUCACCGUCUGCGGUCGAGCCUGCCGUCGCGCAGCCCGGACUGCGCAGCAGCCCCAGCACGAACCGCCAUCGGACGAGGGUGGACUCGCCUGGCGACGGCCCGCCUGGGAAGAGGCCGCGCGCCGAGCCCGCCGUCGUGGAUUUGUGCGACAGUGACUGA